AACUGCAAAGGGUGACAAUUUGUUGUUGACAGCGGGGUAUAUAAGCCAAGAGCGGCCAGAGUUUCGGCACGUUCACUCAACGUCCCACGGGUCAAGCAACAUGUGGAAGGCACUGUUGUUCGCUCUCCUCGUCGCCGCGGCUUCGGCCGAGCACGGCUGGAAGUCUGGCUCCGAGUACAAGUACCAGGUGCGCGGUCGCACUCUGACCGCCCUGCACCAGGUGGCCAACCAGUACGCUGGUGUGCUCAUGCGCGCCCAGCUGACUGUGCAGCCCAAGUCCGACAACCUCCUCACCGCCAAGGUCUCCAACGCCGAGUAUGCCAAGAUCCAGCAGCAGCUGCCCGCUGGCUGGGGAACCCCCAUCCCCGAAAGCAAGCUGAACUACCACAGCCUGCCCGUCAGCAGCAAGCCCUUCCAGAUCAAGCUCAAGAACGGCAUCGUCGAUGAGCUUAUCGUGAGCAAGAACGUCCCUACCUGGGAGGUUAACAUGCUCAAGGGUAUCGCCAGCCAGCUGCAGGUUGACACUCAGGCCGAGAACCUCAUCAGCUCUCGCAUCAACAACAAGCCCAGCCACGGCUCCGUCAACGGUGUCUUCAAGACCAUGGAGGACGACGUCACUGGAGAGUGCGAGGUCAUGUACGACAUCAGCCCCCUGCCCCAGUACCAGCUCCAGAGCCGCCCCGAGCUCGCCCCCAUGCCCCAGCUCCGCGGUGACGGUCAGCUGAUCGACAUCGUCAAGACCAAGAACUUCAGCCACUGCGAGCAGCGCCCCGGCUACAACUUUGGCUUCAACGCCCUCACCGACGUCAAGCCCGCCUCCAACCAGAUGGGCGAGUUCAUGGCCCGCUCCUCUGUCAGCCGUGUUGUCCUGUCCGGCAACCUCCAGCGCUACACCAUCCAGUCCUCCGUGACCACCAACAAGGUCAUCCUGAGCCCCGUGCUGUACAACAACCAGAAGGGUAUGGUCGUCUCCCGCAUGAACCUCACCCUCGCCUCUGUCAGCUCCUCCAACAGCCACAUGGAGGCCCCCACCAACCCCCGCAAGAUCAAGGACCUCGUCUACGACUACAACGACCCCUUCUCUGCCUCCAACAACGCUGACCUGAGCGACGAGUCCAGCAGCUCCUCCAGCAGCUCUUCCUCCUCUUCCUCCUCCUCUUCCUCCAGCAGCUCCUCUUCCUCCGAGAGCGGCAGCCAGGAGAAGUGGCAGAAGAAGCAGAAGCGCAGCAACGGCACCGACGCCAGCUCCUCUAGCUCCUCUUCCUCCAGCUCUGACUCCAGCUCUAGCUCCAGCUCUAGCUCUGACUCCAGCUCUGACUCCAGCUCUUCCAGCUCUUCCAGCGAGAGCCAGGAGAACCAGCGCAUGCACAGUGCCGCCGCUAAGCGUUUCCGCCGCUCCCUGAAGAACCAGGAUGCUUCUUCCAGCUCCAGCUCCAGCGAGAGCCAGGAGAACCAGAAGCAGAAGCACGGCCGCCGCAACAACACCGACAGCAGCAGCAGCUCCUCUUCCUCCGACUCUUCUUCCGGCUCUAGCUCUGACUGCAGCUCUUCCUCCAGCUCCAGCUCCGACUCCAGCUCUUCCUCCAGCUCUUCUUCCUGCUCUGACUCUUCCUCCAGCGAGAGCAACGAGUCUGGCAAGAACCGCAAGAUCCGCAGCAACCGCAACAACACCAGCGACAGCUCUAGCUCUUCCUCCAGCUCUUCCAGCAGCUCCAGCUCUUCCUCCAGCAGCGACUCUGACAGCUCCAGCUCCAGCAGCUCUAGCAGCAUUGACUCCAGCGAGGAGUGGUUCCAGUCCAAGCCCAAGAUGAACCAGGCCCCCAAGCACCCCAUGCUCCCCUACUUCGUCGGCUACCAGGGCAGCAACAUCGCCGCCUCCAGCCAGGUCAACCCCGUUCACGCCGUCCAGAAGAUCGCUCAGCAGAUCGGCCAGGAGCUCCAGCAGCCCAGCCAGAUCCCCGAGAAGGCCACCCUCGCCAAGUUCACCAUCCUCGCCCGUCUGGUCCGCAUCAUGGACGCCAAGCAGAUUGAGCAGGCCGCCCGUGAGCUGUACGCCCCCGCCUCCAAGAGCGCCAGCCAGAGCCAGAGCGCCAGCGCCAAGAACGCUGCCUGGAAGGCUUUCCGUGACGCCGUCGCCCAGGCCGGUACCAACCCCGCCCUUUCCGCCAUGAAGGAGUGGAUCGAGAACCACAAGGUCCAGGGUGAGGAGGCCGCCGAGCUCCUCGCUGUUCUCCCCGAGACCACCCGCACCCCCACCCGCGAGUACAUGGACACCCUCUUCUCCCUGAUCAAGAAGUCCGAGGUCCAGAAGCAGCAGUUCCUGAACACCUCCGCCAUCCUGUCCUUCGCCAACCUGGUCCGUCGUGCUCAGGUCGACAACGCCACCGCCUACACCCGUUACCCCACCCACGUCUACGGCCGCCUGAACCCCAAGAAGGCCUCCGCCGUCACCCGUGACUACAUCCCCUACUUCGCCCAGCAGCUGAAGAGCGCCGUCCAGAACGGUGACAGCCACAAGGUCCAGGUCUACACCCGCGCCCUCGGCAACAUCGCUCACCCCAAGAUCCUCGCCGUCUUCGAGCCCUACCUCGAGGGCCAGAAGCCCGUCUCCACCUUCCAGCGCCUCCACAUGGUCGUCGCCCUGAACAAGCUCGCCAAGAUCUCCCCCAAGGUCGCCCGCCCCGUCCUGUUCCGUGUCUACCAGAACGCUGGUGACGCCUCCGAGAUCCGCUCUGCCGCCGUCUUCCUGCUCAUGAAGACCAACCCUCCCGCCAGCAUGCUCCAGCGCAUGGCUGAGUUCACCAACCAGGACCCCAGCCAGCAGGUCCGUUCCGUCGUCAAGUCCGCCAUCGAGUCUGCCGCCAACAACCUGCAGUCCCAGGACAACCAGGAGCUGGCCCAGAACGCCCGCGCCGCCGUCGACAUGCUCAACGCCACCAUCAACGGCCCUCAGUACUCCAAGCUCAACCUGAAGAGCAACGAUGUUGAGGAGAUGAACCUCGCUUACCAGGCCGCCCUCGCCACCAUCGGCAGCGACGACAGCUACAUCCCCUCCGCCGCCUUCGUCAGCGCUCGCGCCAACCUCGGUGGCUUCCAGGCUUCACGACAAAAACGCCUGCUUGAUCUUCAAGAAAUCUUAUGGGAGCUCAACACGGGGCCUGCUUGA